UUCAAAUUAGAUGAAUUUAUUUUAAAAUUUGAUGAGCUUUUUUCAGUUUUGUGAACUUCUUUAAGAUUGAUGGACUUCUGUCAAAAAGGUGGAUUUUUUUCAAAAUUUGAUGAACAUUUGUGAACUAUUUUUAAAAAUUGAUGAACUUUUCUUGAAUAAUGCAACGUUUUUUUGCAUGUUUAUGAUCUUUUUCUAAAAUAUGUCCUGUUUCAUUUCUUUGAAAGAAAAUCAUGUAUGAGCGGCUAUGAUAGUUUCUAAAGUGUUAGCGCUGCAUUCUGUCACUUGCAACCACUUGCCCUAGUGUUUAACCGAAGACGUGUAGGUAGUGUAUGGCGUGAGUUUGAUUCGCCGCGGGACCUUGAUUUUUUUAUUCUUUUCGCGCAUUUUAUUAUCAUUUUGUGGCAAUGCCCCUUCGUGGGCCGGCCCAGUUCGCGCUGUAGCAAGCGCCGCUUCUCCUAAUUGGCGCUGAAGGCGCCGAGCACCGAUUAGGAGCUCCCGUCGUUGCCCCAUCGUCGGAUUUCACCUAGAAAUCAAAGGGUUCCACUGACAUGUCAUUUUUCAUGUGGCUGGCUCUUAGUGAAUAGUGAUCAUUGUUGGACUUCCGAUCGACUGGCACACCACGGGCUCCCACGCCGUCCAUGCUGCCCAUUUUGUGAUCAAGGUCAGGAAAUGAUCAAUCAUAUUCUCCUUACCUGCGUUAUGACCCGCCAGGGCCCGGGGCAUAGCAAACAAAUGCUUCGCUGAAUGUAGCAAAAUUAUCUAACAGAAUUGGCACAAUUGGUUCUUCAAAGAAUUGACCAGGAGGGCGGGCUUGGUCGGCGGCAGGUGUACCUCGGAGGAGAUUUUAUCCUGUUCUUUGUUGCGCUUAGUGGGUUGGUGUGGAAGGAAAUGUUGUAUCUGAAAUGCAGUUUUUGUGUAAUGGAGUUGUCUGGAAUGCAUUUCAAAUUUGGUGACCCAUGGCUGCAACUAACCUAAUUAUGACCCAAGAUUUGAUAUUUAAUUAGUGAUGACUAGUUGAGAGGGCCAGAUGACUAGCCAGCUAGUAGACUAGAGUAGAGUUCAGUUGUAAAGCAAGGAAGCAAAGCAACGCAUAUGAGUGCCUUGAGCUGUUGAGCAUGCAGAACUCAAAAAGGAGGCGUGACGGUGAGAGAGAGCAAAGAAGAUUCCAAAACCCUUCCUCUCAUCCAAGCUUAACAAUUAUCCAUGGACAUGCACCGCUCCAUCCAACUCAAUUCCCUUCCUUAAUGCGCACUCCAUCCCUCCGAUAUCAACCCAGCCCAGCUCGAUCGAAGCGCCAGCGGCAUGCGAUGAGGGCCGGAGACAGCAGGAUGGAGGCCGACCACCACCACCACCGCCACCACGUGAACCAGAGGGCGGCUGAGGCGGGCGCGGGUCAUCAUCACCGCCAUGGGAGGAACGACAGGCGGCGGUACCCGGAGGACGACAGGCAGCGGAGCUCGCCGUUGGUGUGGAUGGCGGUGAUCCUGUGCACGCUGCUGGCCAUCGGCAUCAUCGUGGUGGGCGCCGCGGUGUUCGCCGUCUACCUCAUCUACAAGCCCCACAUGCCGUACAUGGUGGUGACCAACGCGUACCUCCAGCAGCUGGACUACAGCCCCGCCGACGGCGUCAUCCGCGACAUCCAGGUCAGGGCCGACGUGCUGGCCAGGAACACCAACUCCAAGGUCAACGCCUCCUUCUCCAGCUUCAACAUCGACGUCAAGUUCCACGGCACCACCCUGCUGCAGCUGCGGGCCGAGACCUUCAGCGUCGCCCGGGAGAGCUCCGUGACGCUGCCCUACAGCGGGGCGUCGCGCGGGGCGAAGCUGGACCUCGCCGGGAUGCGGGCCAUGGAGGAGGCGCUCAGGUCCAGGGUGGUGCCCAUCACCCUGUCCGGCAAGGCGCGCACCCGGUGGAGGAUGGGCAUCUUCCUCAAGGUCGCCUUCUGGACGCGCCUCAACUGCCCCCUCAGCUUCAGCUACCCCCCCGGCAGCGUCAUGGCCAUCGACCACGACACCUGCCGCUCCAGGUCGCCGUAG